UCAAAGGAUGCUAUAUACCAUAAGAAAUGAAAACAGAGGUUCAAGCUGCUUAGACCAGCCUAAAGUGGUUUGAUGGUCUUAGCUGGUUUAAGCUGAAGUAACCUUUUAAGCCUACCAAAGCUGGUGUUAAGAUGGUCAGCCAACUUGGUCAGCCAACUGGUGUCCCAACCUGCCCAAGCUGGUUUGGCUGGUCUGUGUUAAAGGUUUUAAAUGGGUUUUGGAGACUAGCUAGACCAGCUUGGAGACCAGCUGGCUGAACAGUUGACCUUUUAAGGCUGGGGGUAGAAUAAGAGACAGGGGCUUUUCUUCUACGUCAAAUAGCCUCAGAGAGUUGGUCCAGUUAAAGUUCCCUGCCACACAUAUCAAUGAAGUUGUUUGCAAAGGCCAGAGUUUAAGUGGAGAUCUAUUCAGCUGUUCUCCGGGCUGUGCGAAAGUGCUGCAAUCACUCGUCAAGGUUUGUGCUGUGAAGACCACUCCAGCUGAAGACUCCCACUUUCUUCAGACUGCAUGAAAACAUCCAUAAUACAGCACCUGUAGCCAACCUGGCAGAAGGCUGAAUGAUGAAUUUGGCAUGGGCUCAUUUGUUCUUUGCUGUCAUCUUGUGGUCAUUGCCGUGCACGACAGCAUCACUGGCGGUCAACAGCUCACCAGAUGAUGUUUCCAUUGUGGCUCCGCUGAACGUUAGGAACAGGAGCGACAUCAGUGCACCUCGAGACCGAUGGAAACGCUACAUCUCCAGCAGAGAUAUGAUGGCAAUACUGGAUUAUCACAACCGCGUUCGCUCACAGGUCUUUCCAUCCGCAGCCAAUAUGGAAUACAUGGUGUGGGAUGAGAGACUGGCUAAAUCUGCAGAGUCUUGGGCUUCUCAGUGCAUGUGGGAUCAUGGACCACCCCAUAUUAUGCGGCAUACAGGACAGAACUUGUCCAUCAUCUCUGGAAGAUACAGAUCAGUCAUUGAGCUGGUACGAUCCUGGUACGAUGAAAGACACUCUUUCUCCCACCCCAACGGAUGCAGUGGAUUUGUCUGUUCACACUAUACUCAGAUGGUGUGGGCCAGCAGCAAUAAGAUUGGGUGUGCUACCAACAGGUGUUCAAACAUAUAUGUAUUUGGGAGUAUGUGGAAACAAGCCACCUUAUUGGUUUGCAACUAUUCUAUCAAGGGUAACUGGGUAGGAGAAGCUCCAUAUAAGUCAGGAAAACCAUGCUCUGCAUGUCCUUCAAGUUAUGGAGGUUCAUGCAAUAAAAACCAGUGUGACUCUAGAUCAAAAUCCAGAAAAAAUAUAAAUGGUUUCAAAAGCUUAUAAAUUGUUCACACUCAGCAGGAAACAUUUACAAAUUUUUUCUUCCAUUAUUAUAAAUCAAAUAAUUUUAAAGAAAAAUAUUUUACAAAUGAGCUAACUAUAAGGUACAUAUUUCACUUUAUGGUGUAAGGUGUAUGUAUUUUUACUAAACAUUUUCUUAUAUAAUAGAAAACCACUAAAACAUACAUUUCAUGAUGCAUUUCUUCAAGAAGCAAAUUAUUCAAUGGAUAUCUUAAACAACUGAACAGCACUGAACUGCUGUAAAAUGUGCAAUGAAUCAAAAGUUGGUCCAAUUAUCCCUAAUGACCACAUUGAGUCAACUGUUGUGUCAUUAACCCUUAUUUCUGACAAAUUUUGUAUAUUUCUUUUUUAUCUUCUUUGUGUUGUUUUUAUGUUCAUUGUUUUUCUUUUCCAAUGCCAUGGACUGUUUGCACUGUUUUACCUAUCUUUUUUGUACUUAGCUGCAUUGCAAUGACAGUUCACAUUGAGAGUUAAGCACUUUCUUUUAUUCUGCCUUUCUGUGCAGGUAAUAAAUUUUCUUUAGAU